GAACCAAUGGGAAGUCUCGGGAAUCUUCCCUGAGCCUUGGCAGAGGUUCUGCAUUGGGAGGAGAGAAGAAUCUUAGGAGGAAGGAGGCAGGAGGAACUGGAGCCCAGAAGUGAAGACUACAGAAUUGCAGUGGGAGGAGGCUGUGCCUGGUUUCACAAUGGCCUCCCUUGCUGCAGCAAACGCAGAAUUUGGCUUCAACCUGCUCAGAGAGAUGGAUAACAGUCAAGGGAAUGAAAAUGUGUUCUUGUCCUUUUUGAGUAUCUUCACUGCUCUGAGCCUUGUCCGCUUGGGUGCUCGAGGUGACUGUGCACAUCAAAUUGAUAAGACGCUGUACUUGAACACUGCCUCAGGACACAGAAAUUCCUCCAAUAAUCAGCCAGGACUUCAGUUUCAACUGAAAAAAGUUCUCUCUGAAAUUAAUGCAUCCCACAAGGAUUACGAGCUCAGGAUUGCCAAUGGUCUUUUUGCAGAAAAAGAGUUUGACAUUAGUAAGAACUAUAUCGAGUGUGCUGAAAAAUUAUACAAGGCCAAAGUGCAGCGAGUUGAUUUUACAAAUGCUAUAGAAGAUACCACAUAUGAAAUUAAUAGAUGGAUUGAAAAUGAGACACAUGGCAAAAUUAAAAAGGUGUUUAGUGAUAGUAGCAUAAGCUCCUCUGCUGUCAUGGUGCUAGUGAAUGCUGUGUACUUCAAAGGCAAGUGGAAAUCAGCUUUCCUCAAAAGGGACACUAUAAAGUGCCAUUUCAAAUCACCCAAGUGUUCCAAGCAAGCUGUUCCCAUGAUGCAUCAAGAACAGAGAUUUAAUCUGAGCACAGUUCAGGACCCAUCCAUGCAGGUGCUCCAGCUCAGAUAUCAUGGCGGCAUAAGCAUGUAUAUUCUGCUGCCUGAAAAUGACCUGUCCCAAAUUGAAAAAAACCUCACAUUUAGGAAUCUACUGAGGUGGACCAAUCCAAGAAAAAUGAAAUCUCAGUAUGUGGAGGUGUUUCUUCCUAAGUUCAAGAUAGAGAAGAAAUAUGAGAUGAAACACCACUUGGAAGCCCUAGGGCUGAAAGAUAUCUUUGAUGAGUCCAGAGCUGAUCUCUCUGGAAUAGCUUCAGGAGGUCGUCUCUACAUAUCGAAACUAAUGCAUAAAUCAUAUAUAGAGGUCACUGAGGAGGGGACCGAAGCAACCGCAGUCACUGAAAAUAACAUUGUAGAAAAGCAACUACCUGAGCCCACAGUGUUUAAAGUUGAUCACCCAUUCCUAUUUGUCAUCAGAAAGAAUGACAUUAUCUUAUUUAGUGGCAAGGUUUCUUGCCCUUGAAAAUCCAGUUGGUUUCUAUUACCACAGUCCUUGCAGCAUUAAAGAAACACCAAGAGUGAAUACUUUUGUUUACUUGCAACCACAUGGUGUUGUUGUCUUUUUUUUUUUUUUUUCUUAGUUGUUUUCCUCCUAACAUCGGUCCCCAGAUGAUACUGGUAACUUGACCCUUCUUAGACAUCUUGUUCAGAGUCUUGAUUCCUACUCCUAGCAUUUCUACUGGAUUUUCUUCCCUGUUUCUAAUUUUACUGGUUUUCUACCCACCUUCAUUUCUACAAUUCUCCUCCAUGGCCCAGCUAGGAGUUAUGCAUUCUGCUGUACUGGCAAUGAGAAUGCAGAAGCAGCCGCAGUAUCAUUUUUUGGAACUCUGCAGUUACCAUAAACAUUCUAGCCUCAUCGUAAAUGAUUUAGGAAGUAAGCCCAGCUGCUUCCUAGAAAUAAGAACAACUUUUCCUUGCUAAGAAGACAUUAGAGUUUACUCAUCUGACUCUAAAACAGUACAAAACUGAGAUGCCAAAAAAUAUGAAAUUGAGGUUGGGAACCAAAAAAACAAUUUCAUUAAUAACUUCAAGUUGACAUCUUUUGGGCUUUCUUUGAUAAGAAUUAAUAUGUACAUAGUUUUUCAAAUAUAAAUACCAUCCAACUGUUUGCAGAUGUUAUUUACACCAUGUUAUUAAUAUGCUGUUAAGUUUAUAAGUUUUCCCUAUUUAUCAUAAUAAAAAAUACAUCAUGUCUGUA